AUGGCCAAGUGGAGGGGGGCUGAGGGCAGCGCGGUGGGGGCGGUGGUGCCGCCAUCUGGGGGGACCGUGUCCCUGGAGCGGGGCCCCAGCCACUCCAGCCCCAGCCCGGUGGCAGGAGACCCUCCCUCCAUGCUGGCAGUGGAUGGGGAAGACGUGCCUGAGCUGGUGCUGGGAGGUGAUUGUGCCCCUGUACUCAGCACUGGGGAGGCCACACCUCGAGUGUUGUGUCCAGUUUUGGGCACCUCAAUCCAAGAGAGAUCUGAGGUGCUGGAGCGAGUGCAGAGGAGGGCAACGGAGCUGGUGAGGGGGCUGGAAAACAAAUCGUAUGAGGAGCAGCUGAGGGAGUUGGGGCUGUUUAGUGUGAGGAAGAGGAGGCUGAGGGGAGACCUUAUCACUCUCUACAGCUACUUGAAAGGACACUGUAGAGAGGUUGGUGCUGGUCUCUUCUCCCAGGUAAUUAGUGACAGAACGAGAGGGAACGGCUUCAAGCUCCAACAGGGGAGGUUUAGACUGAACAUUAGGAAGGAAUUUUUCACCCAAAGAGUGGUCGGGCAUUGGAACAGGCUGCCCAGGGAGGGGGGGGAGUCCCCAUCCCUGGCUGUGUUUAAGGGCCGUUUAGAUGCAGUGCUGAGGGACAUGGUGUAG